CGACCAUCAAACCGAAACUUUCGCGCAGCCUUGUUAAUCGCAAUUAUCCUUGCGCAUUGUUCCUAUCACAACGCGAAAAGUCAAUCCAAGGACUUCCUAGAAGUAUAUUCGAAUUCCACGAUAUAGAUCAAUCGAGUGCGACAAACAAUUUUGUUUUCUUUUGAGACACGAUGUCCUCAAUGGGCGACCCCAGCUACGGGGUCCACAGAGACCUACUUCCCCAUGUGCAUUUGAUUUCGACCUAUCGCUACACUCUCAAGGCCCGAGUUGAGCCCAAUGAAGUUACGAACUGGUUGAUGCAAGCUCCAAAGAUCGCACGCGAUACCGCGCCCUUUUUUUGGACCUACCUCGAUCGUCCCGAGAAUGGCAACAUCUUCUUGACGUGGCAGCCGUCGCAGCAAAUGGGCGUCAACUUUGCCAGCGAUGGAUAUAUUUGGCCCCCACAGGAACAGUACAUGCAACAGGAAGUGGGAAAUGGUGUGAUCCUCGAGGUUUAUUACCACAAAGCUGGAUAUGCCUACAACGAGCACUUCGCAACGCAUUCAAGACGUCGUUUCCGCCUCAUUCCUCCCACCGUCCACACUCCGAAUGCCUCUACCGUUGAUCCUAGUCUGUGGAUAGUUCACUACGGUCCCGUUGAGAACAACGAACGCAUCCCCUCUCAUUUGAUUCCGCGGGACUCUCGGACGCAUGCUAUGCUAGAAACCCGCGCUUAUCUCCAGCGCUGCGGACAGAUUCAACGUAAAGAGUUUAUUCUCGGUGAUCGAAUUAAUUGGCCCCAAAUCGCCUGGCCCAGAGAGCCUUCGAGACAGCCAAUGUUUGCCGGUCCUCGUGGAGUCCCGCCGGGUAUGGCAUACCCCCCUCACCCCCCUGCGGCCGGCGCGCCACCAUCGAAGCGCGCUCGUACUGCCCAAGCUGCGCAGGGUCAGGUGCCUCCCGCCAUGGCCGCUAUUCCCCCGGACAAUUCGUACGAUGACGAGGAGGACACAUCUCGUGGCGACAUGUUCGAUCAUCUGACUCCCCGAGAGGUUAGUCUAGCUCGCUACCGCCAGAACCACGAAUGGAUGGAGGAGAUAUUGUCCUCUCCCUACAGAAUGGGCCAAAUUGGGUUUUCAGAUCUUGGUCUAGGUCUCAAAGGCGAGCUUUCGGGUCUAACCGAUGGGAUUUUCGAGGCUCAUGAUCUUCAUACGACCGAAAAAAUUUCGAAACCAGCCAUAACUCAGCUAGCUCCCGAGCAGGCUGCCGAGUUUCGCAAGCGAGUUGCUGACCGAAUCGAAUCUACUCGAACAGCCAUCGAGACGCUCAAGUCGGUGCACGCUAAGAAGGUGGCCAAAUUCGAGCGUAACUCUAUCCUCACUACCGCUGAACGGGAGCUGCGACUAGCCUUAGGCGAUCCCGGUUCUAAUUCACUGCAACUUGAGAGAGAUGCCGAGGAGGGCGAUGAUAGCGCCAACCGCUGGUCUUCGAAGCACAGCAAGAGAGUCGAGGAGAUAGUAUCCCAGGUCGAAGCACACCUCGGUCGUCGAGCGGAGGUUAUCUACGAUCUACGACGAAUACAAGACGGGGGUUAUCAAGAACCUGCCCCAGAACCGGCACCUCAACCGGCCGCAGCACCUGGACUUGCUCCUCAGAAUCCCGGCACCAACGGAAGUAGUGUUAUGUCCCGUCAGCCGUCACAAGCAGGAUCUCAACACAGUGGCUUUAUGAUCGGUGAUUCCGAUAUUGACAUGGGUGGAACCGCAGCUGGUCUUCUAGACCAGAUCCAUACCGGAACAGGAGCUUCGUCUACUUCUACGCCGGUAAAUAACUUCCCGACACCCCAAGCUCAAGCUUCUGCGGUCCAUUCCGGCGUUGCCACACCUGCCAAUCUGAAUGUCCCGUCACCACGACAACCGGCACAAAAAGACGAGACGGGCGAUGUGAAGAUGGAUGGUACGGGCAACACUGAGCCGCUCUCCGGUACUGCUCCUGACCAAGGUACUGGAAGUGGAGACUGGGUAGUCGUUCCUAAAGGUGGUGCUACUCCGGACGGCCCCGCAAACCCGGCAUCCGCCAACAAUCUGCUGAAGGUAACAGGCCCUUUGAGCAAGCAAGGCUCAGCGACAGGUACUCCUUCGGCGGGAUUUGACGGUGAUCAGAACGAUUUCAGCUCACUCGAUGAUCUGAAUACAGCUGGAGAUGCUCUAGCUGGGUUCAGCGGAACUCCGGGAGAUCUCGGAGAGGGCUUGGAUCUAGAUAUGGAAGACUCGGCCUUUGGUGAUGCUUUUCAUGGCGUCGAUAGCCAACAAGGAGGCACACCGGCUGAAGGCAACAUGUAAUACGUAUGCGUCACGACCUUAAUUAAUAGCGUCAUUCUCGACGAGAAGGAUCAUGGCUAUUUGUACAAUUCGUAAUUUCAAAUGUUGAUCGUUAGGGCGACGCGGCAUCCGAGACACGUCCAAGUAGGUGUUAAGAUGUUGAGAUACUGGUAAUAACGGCUACGGGUCACCGGCUUUGAUUUCAAGGAGAAACCCUGGUUAAGAGUCUAUUUGAAUGGCGUUAGGAGUCUACGAGAGAAAUUACUAGCUAUUGAUAGGCCGACUUUCAAUAAUGGGAGGUGACCUGUGUAGAUGAGAUAUUAUGAUGACGCUCAUAGCUCGUCCCAUAGGCUGCAUUUGUAGGUUAUUUUCUUUUACGCAGUUCGACUAGAGUUAGCUUACAAAAACCACUAGUCAGUAAAGGGAUUCAAGAUCGAAGAAACAGUGACCACAC